UGAGAAGCAAGUAUAUAAUUUAUCCAAACCUUCCCCUUCGGAAAUGGCUGCUCUUUCAACGAUAUUCGAAGACUGCACGAAUGCGCUCGUCAUUUAUCGAGAAACUCUCAAAAAGGUUUUUAAGCGCUCGGAGAACACGACAGUUCCUUAUGUUCUUUACGAACUCCAAAACUUGGAAACAACAGAUAAGCAAAUACUUAACGAGGACAUGAAAAAAAUGAUAAAAGAUAUGCAGGAACAAGCUACAUAUACUAAACUACAAAAUGAUAGCUUAUAUGUAAGAAGUAUUAUGGAAAAAUUGAAGGAAGAAAUACGUGAGCGUUGUAGUUUCGAUGUGUUGACUAAAGAAAUUGAAAGAAUCGUGACCCGAAGAAAAGAAGAAGAGACUUUAUUCGAAGAAUGUACGGCAAUGAAAAAAACUGCGAUGGAGCUUCGACGAACUCUCGCCAACGAAAAAAUGAGCAAUGAAGUGGAGAGAACCCGUCUAAGGAAUAUACUGCUCGACUUAAAGAAUGAAAAUGAGAAACAGAAAAUAGUUUCUGACGUUGAAUACAAGUAUUCGUGUAAGUGGAAUAAAGCUAAGUGCCAACAAAAUUUGAUCAAGUGUGAGGAAGAAUGGAAAAGAUUGAAAAAAUUGCUCGAUGAUCUUCACGAGCGUGAAAAAAUUGAACAACUUAUAUCCACCGAAUUGAUUACGUUUCUUAUGCAUGAUAUCGCGAGUAUCAAAGAAAAGAUCGAAGAAUGGCAGAAACGGUACGAUCGAGAGAAGAAAAUGUAUGAAGAAGAAAUCCGUGAAGUGAACAUAGAGAUAGAAACUCGACAAAAAGACAUAGCUGAACUUUCACAAGAGUAUAACAAAAAACAAAAAUUUAUAGACACUUACCUCGCGGAAAAGGAAGCAGUGAAAAAACAAAAGGAACACGAACAGCACGUGCGAGGAUGCGCCAUCAGGAUCCAAGCUUGGUGGCGCGGUGUUAUGGUAUGCCGGAAGUUGGGUCCGUAUCGACCUGAAGAGAAAAAAAAGAAACGUCAACCUAAAACGAAGAAAUAAUUUCCUUUCGGUUGGUUUCACUUCUGUGAGUGCACCUGCACAGAACUGACGAUUAGAGAGGACAAAAUUUACUUAACGCAAACGUACUUGCCCUUUUGUUUACAUUUGGAAAGGGAAUGGUCUUCGAGUCUCGA